UCGCCCCCUGGACCGCCCGCCCUGUCGCAGCUUCUCUCGGGCUAUGCCUCCGCUCUGGGUCCUGCUGGCCCUCGGCUGCCUGCGACUUGGCUCAGGUGUGAACCUUCAGCCCCAGCUGGCUAGUGUGACCUUUGCCACCAGCAACCCCACACUCACCACCGUGGCCUUGGAAAAGCCUCUCUGCAUGUUUGACAGCCCAGCGGCCCUCCAUGGCACCUACGAGGUCUACCUCUAUGUCCUGGUCGACUCGGCCAGCUUCAGGAACGCCUCUGUGCAGGACAGCACCAAGGCCCCACUCAGCUCGACGUUCCAGCAAACAGAGGGAGGGAGGACAGGCCCCUACAAGGCGGUGGCCUUCGACCUGACCCCCUGCAGCGACCUGCCCAGCUUGGAUGCUGUCAGGGAUGUGUCCCGGGCCUCGGAGAUCCUGAGCGCAUACCUGGUCAGGGUGGGCACCGAUGGGACCUGCCUGUCUGACCCCAACUUCUGGGGCCUCUGCAACCCACCCCUGUCAGCAGCCACGGAAUACAGAUUCAAGUACGUCCUGGUCAAUAUGUCCACAGGCUUGGUACAGGACCAGACCCUGUGGUCGGACCCCAUCCGCACCAACCGACUCGCUCCGUACUGGGCGAUCGACACGUGGCCGGGCCGGCGGAGCGGGGGCAUGAUCGUCAUCACGUCCAUCCUGGGCUCCCUGCCCUUCUUCUUGCUCAUUGGCUUUGCUGGCACCGUUGUCCUGAGCCUCCUGGACGUGGGCAGUACUGGCGGGGAAACAGCCCACGACUCCCAGAUCACGCAGGAGGCCGUCCCCAAGUCCCUGGGGACCUCGGAGCCCUCGUACACGUCUGUGAACCGGGGGCCGCCCCUGGACAGGGCCGAGGUGUAUGCCAGCAAGCUCCAGGACUGACUCCAGGCGGCCCCAGUCUCCCCGAGGGGCUUGCUCAGGGGUCUGCGGGGGGCCGUGUUCACACCCUGACUCCAACCAAGGCGAACACAGGGCCUGUUGGUCCAACUGCAGGAAAGCACUUGAUAAAAUGUUCCCAAGAUUUUGAGUUCAAUAAAGACUUACAGAAUGAAUGAGUGAGAUGCUGAAUGAAGGAAUGAGUCGUCAUUUUGAGGGUUUGCAUUGUUCCUCUGGAGGGUGGGGGCAGGGGGCUAAUUUUCAGUCAACGCGAAGGUGGAGAGGGUAAGGAAAUCAGAGCUGUUAGGGCACCGGGGUUGUCUGAGUCUCAGGCUCCUCCGGAAGAUGGGAAAUCAGCACCUCCCCUGAGGGCUUCGUGUGAGCUUUAGGGAUUAUUAGAUGCUGUUUGGGGGUUUGCUGGCUGUGAAAUACCAGCAGCUGAUCUGAGCCCAGGGUACGGCUCUGAUGGCAGCUCGUCCUGUCCCCCCCACCAACCCUGUAGUCAGCUCUUUCUCUUUGGGACUCAGUUUCCUCAUCUGUAAAAUGGGCUGAUGUAAACAGUUAAUUUCAGGGCCAUGCACUCCUGGGUCCCUUCAUAGCUUUCUCUGAGGACCCCACCACAGGCAGGCGAAAGAGGCUGCAGG